AUGUCUUCACUUUAUCCCGAUGAAAGUUAUUGCACGACUGAAAUUGGUAGACUACUGUUCCGGCCCAAAAACGAAUGGGCAGUUACUGGUAGGGUAAUCGAUGUCGCCGAAGUGAAGCAAAUCGCUGGUACUCAUAUCGAGUACCAAAUUGAGAUUAAAUGUAUUCCUCGUAACAGUAUUCAACUAGAUGAUCGUUAUUUCGUGCUAACAUCCAGAUUCCGAGAACUAAACCGUCUACACAUCAACUUAUCUAAACUACAUAAGCAAUUAUACCUGCGAGGGCUUUUUCCGCAGUUUGCUCCACCUCGUUUAUUAGGCAGCUGUGAUCCUGCAACUGUGGCGGAACGUCGACAUUGUAUUGACGAGUUUCUUGCGUUCGUUCUUGAUAGUGAGGUGUUGCGAAAGGCUCGAGUGCUUCAAGAGUGGAUGGAGGUGAGCUAUUUGACGAUGCCUUGUGCUUUUUCCCACCUUCUGAACGCAUUCGCUUGUGUUUCAGGCACAAAUGAGCCAGUGGCAGAGAUUUCCCAUAGGCAUCGUCGUAAACCUUCUGUGAUGGAGAGAAUCUUUCCAAAACUUUCAGCGUCUAAUCAAUAUUCGUCCCAGAAAAACGGUGAUUAUCUGGUGCACGCUGCUCAUUUGGUGUCAACUGCCCAACGUGCCGAACACGAACAUGCCUACGAGCUAGCCUUCCAAUGUUACAAAAAUGCCGCUAGUAGCCUUAUCCAGGGUAUUCAACACGAAUCGGAUAUGUCUCGACGAAAUGCAGUUCGUCGUAAAACGGCCAAAUAUCUUGUUGCUGCCGAACGGCUUUAUCGCACUCAUUUGGCCUACGAUGGUGCUGCGGCGACCGUGAAUUUAGAGUCUCUCGUGGACUCGACCAUGUCGGAUCCGGAUCUGCUGGCAUUCCAAUGUGCUAAUAACUGCCUCAAAAACUAUCGUGUUAUUGGAGUUCUACCCAAUUUGAGCGCUCCAAAGUGGGUGUUGAAAGUUGAGGAAAAACCUUUCGUCAUGAAGUUGAUUGAGAAGGGAAUUCGUACAUCGAAAAGCCGCGUUCUUCUUCCAACAAACGUCCCACAUAUGGUGCAACUUCACCAAUUUUUCGAGACAGAAACGUUCAUCAUUCUUGUGCUUGACUAUGUGGAAUGUGGCACGUUGUGGGACUUUUUGAUCCGUUACUUCAGCGAAUCGGAAAGACGAUUUUUGCUCGUUCUAGCAGAAAGUGGAGCAGAAGUAGGAUGUGAUAUUGAUGUUCAUCAGAUGGGAAUGGAUUCAAUGGAUUGCUACAGGGGUCGUCGUCUACACUUUUCUGUUGGCGUUGAUUUUGAACGAGUGGCUGAAAUGCGUGAUGAAACGCAGAGUAGUGAUGUGCCUUCCGUGUCUGGACUAUGUACUAUGGGUGAGGAUGCUACGGGUGAUUGCAGAGCUCCAGAAGAAUCAGCCAGUCAUACCUUGUUGGAUUGCAUAUCCAGUGUGCGUUCAUACCUUCGACGUGAGCGGCGACGGACAUGGCCUGGUCGCCGUCCUCUUCCUGAGCCGUUAAUUGUACAUUGGGCAGCACAAAUCGUCAGUUGGNNNNAAGAAGUCUUUGAUCUUCGUCCUGACAAUUUACUCAUCGAUAUGGAUGGAAAUCUACAGAUGACCUAUUAUGGUAAAUGGCAUUAUAACAAUAGGCCGAAAGAAAUCGUUGAAGGAUAUAGUGCCCCUGAGUGUUUCAAAUACGGAUGGGUUCCAAGUGCAGCGAACGAUCUGUGGUCACUAGCAGCCAUAACGUUUGAGUUGCUUGGUGGUCGUGCGCUGGUGAACGCUGCGCCACAUGGAGUAACAAGAUGCGAGGAGCUUCCUUUCCCAGACGAUGUCAAAGUUUCGUAUGAGGCGAGGGACCUGCUGUCACGACUUCUAACAGACAUUGCUUCACGGCCAUCUUUGGAAGCUGUUCGAGCGCACGCCUUUUUCCGAACAAUUGAUUGGUCGCUGUAUGAUAAUCCCCAUUCCCAUUCAAUGCCUUUGGGUAACGAUCUGGUUAGUUUCUCCUCAGAAAUUUCGCUACUUUUAUCUUCUCUUUGUUUUUCUUCACAAAAUACUUUUUAUUACGAGUCGGUAUAUGAAAAAUCGUGA